UGACUUCAUACCUAAACACUAACUUAAAUUACAUAAACACCCCUAAUCCCACUUUCCAAACAAAAGACGAGAAAAGAAACGACAUUUUUAUUUCGGGUUUCCUAUUGCCAAACACCAAUGAGCGGUCUAAGCAAGACCGGGGCAGUCCUCAUCGCGGUAUUCGCGAUUUGCAUAAUCGCGUUUGCGGCCCAGGUCGUCUACGUUUUAUGGUGUAGUACGCUAUGUCUUAGUAAUAAUUAUAUCCCGGCGGUCGCGGCUGAGCCGCCGAUUGAUGACGUGGCACUAAAGUUGCCCCUACCAUCGAGGGGUCUGUUUACCAUAGCUGAGGAGAGGGAGGGAUCUGCUGCGGAUGGUACUACCGAUAGUUUUGAAUGGGCGGUUGAGAUCGAAGGAAAUAAAAUCGCAACUCACGAGGAUCAAAUCGAGGCCGUUGAAUCUUGUGGCGAUAGUGAUCAUUAUGAAGACGAAGCGACACCGUUUUCGACGCCGUGUGAUUCGCCGCCGUAUUACACACCUUCGCCUUCUCCGGUUCGUGAUGACGUCACCGCGACGUCAAUUUGAGAGAGGAGGUUAAGGUUUCAGGCUGUAGGAGUCAACGUCGAUGAUAUUGUAUAUAGUGGUUGGCAAAUUGGUGUCGGCUUGGUUUAAAUUGGUACGGUUUACUGGGAUUCCGGUUUGUUUCCGUUUAAAUCGGUUCUUAGUUCACGUUAUUUGGUUUAUGACCAUUUUAUUACAUUGACAGUAUUAGAUCAUAUGUGAUGGUAAAUUGGCGUUGGCUAGGUUUAAAUCAGUUUUCAUUCGGUUAAGUGGGUUUAAUUUACGGUUUGAUUUGGUUUGUUUGGUUUAA